GCAACCUGGACAGACGCCAGCAAGCCGCUGACGCAGGAGGAGAUCCGAACAGCCUUCGACGGAUUCAAACUCUACUUCGGCCGUCGCUACGCGGACGAGACAGAGGAGGCGCGGCGACUGGAGAUCUUCAAGGAGACCCUGGAGACUGUGCGACAGCACAAUGCCGACCAGCAGCGCAGCUGGGACAUGGGUCUCAACCAGUUCUCGGACAUGAGUGACUCCGAGUUCACCGCCAAGGUCCUGAUGGCGCCACAGAACUGCUCGGCCACGUCUGCAGGACCUGCUGCAGUCAAGAAUAUCGAGUCGGGGGUCGACGGCAAGCGGCUCCCGCAUGCCAUUGACUGGCGCACCUAUGGCGUCAUCUCGGAGGUGAAGAACCAGGGUCACUGCGGCAGUUGUUGGGCUUUCUCCACUGCUGGCUGCCUCGAGGCGCACUUGGCCAUCAAGUUCCGAGACACCUGGCACGCACCGCGGCUGAGUGAGCAGCAGCUCGUGGACUGUGCGCAGGCGUUCAACAACCAUGGCUGCAACGGUGGGCUGCCCGCGCAGGCUUUCGAGUACGUCAGGAGUUCCGGCGGGCUCUCCACGGAGUUCCACUACCCCUACUUCGCAGAGACGCGGAAAUGCUCCUUCGAGGGUAACAACUUCACCGAAGGCACACACUUCGAGCCUCGCUCGGCAGGGAUUGGAGUCAAGGUGCCAGGCGGGUCAGUCAACCUCACAGCCGGCGACGAGGCAGCGCUGAAGCGGACGCUGGCAUUG